AUGUCUUCCAGAACCGAAAGGGCUUGCAUGUUAUGUGGCUUGAUCCAGCCGUUCAAGAAAUUCGUCGAGCAGGGAUGUCCUAACUGUGAAAGUGUGUUGCAUUUCCAAGACAAUGAGGACGGUCAAGUCCAAGAUUGCACAUCACCAUCAUUCGAAGGUUUGAUGGCAUUAGGGGCAGACAACAAGGCCUCCUGGGUGGCCAGAUGGCUCAGAAUAGACUCGUUUGUCCUGGGGCUCUACGCCAUCAAGAUCAAUGGAAAAUUGCCACCUCAUAUCAUCAGUGAGUUGGAAGAGCAGAAUGUGGUGUAUAGACCAAGAGAUGGUACUGCUGAGGAUUAG